GCCCCUCCAGACACCAGACAUGUCCUGCCUUGACCAGUGCCUGCCCCGCCUGCCCUGCCAGCCCUGCGGCCCGACCCCGCUGGCCAACAGCUGCAAUGAGCCCUGCGUCAGGCAGUGCCAGGACUCCAACGUCUUCAUCCAGCCCUCUCCUGUGGUGGUGACCCUGCCCGGACCCAUCCUCAGCUCCUUCCCGCAGAACACCGCCGUGGGAUCCUCCACCUCUGCUGCGGUUGGCAGCAUCCUCAGCUCUGAGGGUGUGCCCAUCUCCUCUGGAGGCUUUGGUCUCUCUGGCUUAGGCAGCCGCUACAGUAGCAGGAGGUUCUUCCCCUGCUAAAGCUGAUGGCCCUGGAGGAAAAUCCCCAGUGUUCACGAAGUCUUAGAGGGACUUGAGACAGAACACUGGAACCAGCUCAGUCACACCAACAGCUCUGAUCCAUGACUGCCAUUUCCUUUUUCCAUCUUGUUUUUCCUUCCUGUGUCAUUACUGCUCACCAUCUGCUUUCCAGGGCAGCCAUUCUCUCAAAGCCCGUGUAGGCAGGUCCUGCUUGUCUUUCUCCCUCUGUGGAAAGAGCAGCUGGACAGACAGCAGUCCAUCUACCAGCUUCACACAUUGCCCUCUGUCAUCUGUUGCUGGUGAUUCCUGCAUGAGCCACCACCAUAUUUUUUGUUUAUUAAAUAUGACUGCAUCUUAA